GGAAUUGUAUUGAAAAAACUUGAUAGGACGAUUAAUGAGAGAAUUGAUGCUGGGACUUGUACAGAAAAAGCUUAAUAGGACUUGUAAAGAGAGAAGAUUAAUCGGAAUUUUGAAGAGAGAAAAAUCACAUUAUUUUUCAAAAAGAGAAUUGAUGCUGGGAAUUUUACAGAGAGAAUUUAUGCUGGGCCUGUUUCUAUCUAGAUCUAUGUUCAUUUCUGUUAGAAUAUUCAUAAAUUAAAAAGUACAACAGCAAUAGGAAUAGAAGGUUCAAUAUCUUGG